AUGGCCGAUAGUCGCGAGAGAAUCCGUGCGCCUCCACGGGAUGGGCGUGAAGGGUUCACGAGCCCACGGCAGGUGUUGCGGAGGUUGAUGUUGCUGUCCGAGGGUCGACAGUACCGUGAGGCGGCCACCGUCGUUGGUCGACUUGGACCAUCCGUGUUACGGUCGGUGGUGGCCGAGCUACCGAUGGAUAUCCUGAUCGAGGCGCUACCACACAGUACCUACCUGCUCGAGUCCUUCUUCAACCGACUUAACGCGGUAGUGGCCACCCCAAGACCCGACGUACCAUGCGAGGCCAUCAUGUGGCACCUGGUGAAGUUGUUCAGCAACCCCCACGAGACGGGACUGCGUCAGCGUUGCAUGAAGCUUGCCCAAGCCAUCGGUACCUGGCAACCGUCGUUACGAGACUCCUUACUAGCACGCCGGAAACAACUCGACCAAGCGAUUCAGGGCCUCGGUGUUCACGGAUUAACCGCUGAUCAGACAGGGAGUCUCAUCUCGCUGCAUGUCGGACUCCGGAAUGAGCUACAACGGCACAUUGACACGUACAAGACCGCCAUCCACAAAUUGGAGGAGUUGAGUCCGGUCACAGCCCACCAAGAUCCGGCACAAUCUUCCCACCAACGAUUACUCGCAAUCGGCUACGGUGACAUCCAGCAACGGCUUAUCGACAACAAGACGCUGCUGACGAUGCUGGACAAACCAGCACUCAAGCAACUAGCACAGCUAGUCGAGAACUUAUCACAGCGCGUCCAAAACGACAAAGAGGUGUUGUUUUGUGUUGGCCAGAUCCGGCGUACUGACUCCACGGCCAACACCGAGGAACGUCCGGCCGCAGGUCUACUGAUGAACUACUCGCGAGGUUGUGACACCGUCCUGGGACUGAUGGGACCACUCUCACCGAUGCCUCCGAGUAGUCCUACCAGCAACGCCUGCAGUAGUGGCGGAAGUGACGGCUAUCACUCCGAUUCCGACGUUGACGAGACCAAUUCCGAGCUGGUGCGUCAGUACAGCGUAAUGUACGGGAAAAACCGCAUCGACACGCUGGAUUCGCUAAAUGCGUUGCCACAGCUCAAGCACGCCCAUCAGCUGAAGGCCAAGAUACUGUUCUCCAUCAUCGUGCUUGCUUUCCGUGCUUGUCACGGGCUAAAAGAGCGCAAAGUGCUUGAAGUCCGCCGGACUUUGUUCGUGCUCGACGCGAACGAUGAUGCGACAGCCGCCCUUGACCGAUCCGUACGCCAACAGCUGAAGGAAACGGCAGAUCGGUUCCCAAUGGGUGAUGUCGAACGGCAGGUCGCAAACCAGGUCCUUUCCACGUUGCACGAAUAUCCUUGCCUGGAGGCGUGCAUUCCGCUUGUCCACUAUAUCAGUGAUUGCGUCCGGUUAGCGUGGCGUAUGGUGAACCAAACCAAUCCGUACUACCUCGAUACGGACUUCACUCUCGGUCUUCUGCAACCGGAGAAACACGAGCGGUAUCCGAUAUCCGAGAAGCGUUCUGAUAUCAUCCGGGCGUUUUUGUGGCCAGCGCUGAUGCAGAAUGGACACUGCGUCUACAAGGCGGUUGUUGCCACCUGA